AUGGGGAGUAGGGUUCCAGUGCAACACUACAACUUGAGAUCAGCUGAUUCCUUCAUUGCCACCGAUUCUCCCAAUGAUCUCAACACCGUCGAUUCUCGUCCCUCGAACAUCGAUUCCAUUUCCGCCGGCGCCGAUCAUCCCUUGAACGCCGACGAUGAUUCCGAUGCUGUUGACUGCAUUCAUGAUUCGUAUAGGAAUUCCUUACCACUUCACAGUGUAGGAGUCGAAGAAGAUCACACUAGCCUUGAGAAUAGUGGGUCUUCUGGAGGUGCAUAUGAUAUAUUGACAAUUCAGGAUGUUUCACCUAUCGAAACUGCCAGAGCAAGAUUUUUGCAAAUAAUUGUGGAUCACUUUAUUAGUGACCAUGUGAUUGAAGUGGCUGAUAAUGAGUCAGAGUAUGCUGGUAACUCGAGACAAGAUAAACUAACUAAGAGGAAAUCUGGAGAUGUGCAAUAUGAAGGCGAUCCGAGGUUCGCUUUGCCUUUGAUGUAUGUUGCUAAUGUGUACGAAACUCUAGUGAAUGAUGUGAAUAUGAGACUGGCUUCUUUGAAUGGUAUUCGUGAUAAGACCAUUGGAGUAGCCCUUGAAGCUGCUGGUGGUUUGUAUAGAAGAAUGGCCAAGAAAUUUCCUAAAAAAGGUUCUUGUAUAUUUAAAAGAAGAGAAUUGGCAACUUCUCUUGAGACAAGGACCAGAUUUCCAGAAUUAGUAAUACAAGAAGAGAAGAGAGUUCGCUUUGUGGUGGUCAAUGGUUUGGAUAUAGUUGAGAGACCAAGCAGCAUGCCUAUGGAAGAUGCUGAGUGCAUAAUUGCAAUAUUGGAAUUAGGGGGUUUAGUUAUCAUCACACAGAAACCAUUGACUGGGACCUUUCAUGGGAAACUCAAUAAAGAAAUAUGCUGCCAGGAAUUAGGAUUAAGGAAUCAGUUAAACCAAAGAGUGAAGUUCACCAUGAGAGCUAUAGAGGUUGCUGGAUUUGGCAUUAAGAGUCCUAAGGGUAAAUUAAAUCCCUCGAACAAUGUGUUUUCUGAAAAAUGGACGACAAACUUUAGGAUGGAGAUGAGGUUUAGACGAUUAACAGGUCGGAAUGAAGUAGCUGUCUCUGCUCGAGAUUAUAAAUUCUACUCUCCAAGGCACAAGUACAGGCGUGUUUUGUCUAAUAUUCCUGGUUUGGCUACACUUUCUACAGAAGAUAAUCCUUCUACAAUGGCUACUGCACAAGGAUUCCGCUCUGGUUGUAAAUAUUUUGAUGCCUAUCAGCCACAAAAUGAGCAGCAGACUCCUACGAAACAUCAUGUGCAACCAUUGUCACAUCAACCUCAAUUUCACCCAAUACACCAGAACCAUCAUCAAGAAGUUCAUCAAAGUCAGCAUGCAACCCACUUUUCUCCACACAUGCCUGAAAUUGCUCAUGCUAGCCAGUCUCCUACCAUUUCUCAGCACAUGGCCUACUUGCAGCCCAUAACAGGAGGCCAUGUUGGAGGGCGCCUGCAGUUAAUGUCUAAUUAUGUCAUGACAAUGAGUACGCUAUCUCAAGCUUGGAAUGGCACUAGGAAAGGUGAAAUUUCUAUUUCUUUGUUAUGCUCAAUGGUGUCAAAGAGAUUCACUUAUACAUCAGUCCCAAAACCAAUAUAG